UUCAACGCCACGCCUGUAGACCGUCCGUGGCACAACCGUGUCCAACAUUUCCUCUCGGCUAGUCGGCUGUCCAACCAGUCGAGCAGUUUCACGGCGACCACACCGCGCAUAAAAUCUCGCGCGGCCACCAUACCACAGUCACGCGCGCCGGCCCCUUCGAGCCCAACUUCCUCUUCCUCUCCGGCCUGGCCCAAAGUCGACUCCCGCCUCACCAAUUCCGCCUCCGGCUCCUCCGCCGCCGCCGCCGUCAUUGAUGAGCCUCUGCUCCAAGCUCUUCGCGCUGCUCCGCAAGUCCCGCGCGCUCGCCACCAGCACCACGACCGCUGCCGCCGCGACGGCAUCCGCGAACGCGUCGGCCAACGGGAUGGAGGAGGCGGUGGCCGCGACGGGCCCGCUGCGCACACGCGUCUGCAUCAUCGGGAGCGGCCCUGCCGCGCACACGGCGGCCAUCUACGCGGCGCGAGCCGAGCUCAAGCCCGUGCUCUUCGAGGGCUGGCUCGCCAACGACAUCGCGGCGGGCGGCCAGCUCACCACCACUACCGACGUCGAGAACUUCCCUGGCUUCCCUGAGGGCAUCCUCGGCGGCGAGCUCAUGGACCGCUGCCGCGCGCAGUCGGUGAGGUUCGGGACCAAGAUCCUCUCCGAGACCGUCACCUCCGUCGACUUCUCCGCCCGCCCCUUCCGCGUCGCCUCUGACGACACCGUCGUGCACGCCGACGCCGUCGUCGUGGCCACAGGCGCCGUCGCGCGUAGGCUGCACUUCACCGGCUCCGACGCGUUCUGGAACAGGGGAAUCUCGGCCUGCGCCGUCUGCGACGGUGCCGCGCCCAUCUUCCGGAACAAACCCAUCGCUGUCAUCGGCGGCGGGGACUCCGCCAUGGAGGAGGCCAACUUCCUCACCAAGUACGGCUCGCAGGUCUACAUCAUCCACCGCCGCAACGCCUUCCGUGCGUCCAAGAUCAUGCAGGCACGGGCGCUCUCCAACCCCAAGAUCCAGGUCGUCUGGGACUCCGAGGUCGUCGAGGCCUACGGCGGCUCGAACGGCGGCCCGUUGUCCGGUGUCAAGGUUAAGAACGUCGUCAGCGGCGAGGUCUCCGACCUCCAGGUGGCCGGGCUCUUCUUUGCCAUCGGGCAUGAGCCGGCGACCAAAUUUCUCGGCGGGCAGCUCGAGCUCGACUCCGAUGGGUAUGUCGUGACUAAGCCCGGCACAACGCACACCAGUGUGAAGGGGGUCUUUGCGGCCGGGGACGUCCAGGACAAGAAGUACCGCCAGGCCAUUACUGCGGCAGGAUCAGGUUGCAUGGCUGCUUUGGAUGCAGAGCACUACCUGCAGGUGGUUGGAACACAGGAGGAAAAGACUGAUUGACUAUAUAUGGGCCAAGCAGCUGGAAGCCCUAAGAAAAAUUCUUCUUCGGUGCCAAAAGCUGCACUCUAAGGCUUCUAUCUCAUGAACGGUGACAGAUCCAGCAUAAACAGUAUAUUACGUUGUUCUUAGGCCCCAAUUUAUCAUACAUUGGAAAUUUAUUCUUAUGAACGUGCACAAGAUGGUAUCCGCUAUAUCACAUUGGCACAAGGCAUGAAUUACAUUUUACGAAUUUGUGAA